GGGAAUAUUAUGGCAUUUUCCACAAAGCACGGAGGAUGAUUAGCCAAGUACUUAGCGCGCUGAGCUCGUGCUGAACAACGAACGACAGGUGUCCACAGGCCCUGCUCAUCGUCCAGCACAGCGAGCAAGAUGACCCACAUCCUGCCUCCGCACACUGACCUCAAUCUUGUACCAUCGUCUCUUCAUUCAGCCCUUCAUAUGGACCCAAAUCAACAGCAACAGCAACUUCAACAGCCUAAUCAGCCUCAUCAACAACAGGCGCCGACAACCUCCAAGAAGAGAGGACGGAAGGCGGACACAAAUUCUGAUGACGCUGGCUCACCGUCCGAACCAAGACGGCUCAGACGCUCCCAUGAGGCUUGCGCACGAUGCAGGAGCAAGAAAAUUAAGUGCGACUCGAAACAUCCUAAAUGUACAGCGUGCGCGACGGCUGGUGUCCCUUGCCAGCAGGAGGACAGACAUAGGCAGACCCUCACUCUUAGAGGUCACACCGAAUUCAUCGAGCGCCAGAUCGCUCAAUGCGAUGCUCUCUUGAAACGUCAUAUCUCUGAUUUCAGUAUGGCCAACCUCGACGAGAUAUGUCGGAGGGAGGGCAUUGAGGUCGACGGUCAUCCCGCCCCUGAAUUCGCUCAAUCGAGCCCACAAUUCCCACAGCAACCAAAUGGCCCUCCUCCCGGGGCGAUUUAUGGGCCUCCUUUCGUUCACCCCGCAUACCCUUACGGUGUACCUAUGCCGCAUGGGUACCCAUCACAUAUGCCGAUGCCAGGACCCCCUGGCGCUUACGGACCCAUUCAUCCUGGGUUCCCCCCUCCCCCUCCACAGCAUAUGCAGGCCCCGCCCCAGGUUCAACCACAGCCUCAACCACAGCCACAGCAGCCACAACAACCACAUCCAGUCCCGCCUCCAGUUAUAGCUGCUACGGCCAAUGUUGAAGUCAAAGGUCAAGAUCCGCAAUCUUUGGAUAUGUCAACUACGAGGGCACUGGCCAAGAGCUUUGGUGUUCACCCCCUCAUCGUAAACGACAGUCACCUGGGUUCAGGUGACAAGGAAGAUCUUGCAGUUGGCUCAAAUGGCUUAUCAUCGGGGCGUGAUCGUGGCAUCACGGAACAAUCGAUACCCCGCGAUCUUACAAAAUGGAUUUCUAUUUCUGUAGCAACCAGCAAUACUGGUGGCUCUUCUACAAUAUCCACCUCCGCACUAACAAUGCUAUGGAUGCCCAAGGAUCGCUCGUUGGCGAACAGGAUCGUUGAUGUUUACUUCAACCACCUCAACGUCCACCGCCCUGUCUUCUUCCGAUCAGACUUUGAGCACAAGUUAAAUGCGCUUUACGACGGGGAAAAUGUACAACAUGAUCCAGGCUUUAUUUGCAGCAUGUACCUCAUUCUGGCACUUGGGACAUUGAGCGAGUUAAAUCACCAAGGGAGUAUCAUUGAUAAGGACAAAAAGACGCCCAGCGAUAGUCCAAUCAAUACCAAGAAGCUGCUCCCUGCUAUAUGGCCUGAGCACGAUGAAUUUUUCGAGCGUGCGCUGGCCGUCAAGCCUCACCUACGUGUCACGAUCUCCAGUCUUCAAGCACUGCUCUUGUUGCAUUGGUAUCUGUACACCGAGCGACAAGGCCGCUCCCUUUGGCGCUUGGUUGGAAGUCUUGUUCGUCUUUCAAUCGAACUUGGUCUGCACCAUGAUCCCACGGCGCAGCCCAACACCUUCACAGAUGAGGAGUGUCAGCUACGCAUUCGGCUUUGGGGCACUGUCAUGGUGCACGACCGAGGCACUUCCAUUCUUCUCGGACGUCCACUUGCCAUUGCUCCCUAUGACUCCAACACGCCUCGCCCCACACACGGACUCAAGGGCCAGAAUGCUGAUUUCUCUGAACACUUCCUUCUUUCCCACCCUAUCGCAGAAAUACAGGCGGACAUCAUCAACUCUCUAUAUGCUCCCUCACGGCAGAGUGCUGAUACUAUCAUGAGGCACGCAACGAGGAUCAUCAAAAGCAUGCUUGAGUUCAGGAGACAGCUCCCCGAUAGCUACAAGUGGUACUUUGGAGGAACUGAAGACUGGCCUUUGGAGAGGCGACAGAAGCUGGUCCAGGGCAUUACAGAAGAUCAGGGACUGACGUUGCUCAAAUUUGGUAUCGCGAGGAUCCUACUUCUUCGUGCCCUGUUCAGUCUUAAGGAACUCGACUACAACCACCGUUCGAAGGCACUCGUCGAUGCUAUUGUCACGUCACACAACAUUAUUAUUGUCCACAAUCAGCUCAUUCGUUUCCCCGACAUCGCCUUUUUUGUUUCUCCCGACCCUCUUCAUAUCGCGGCAAUGGUCAUCCUCUACGGUCACAUGUCUCACUGUGAGCGCCUCUCACGCCAAGUGAUGAUCGAAGACGUUUGGAUGGCACUUGACAUGCUUCCACGCUUCCGUUGGCGUUGGGAACGAAAGGACUUGAAUGGCGGGCACCCUCUUAUCUCCAAGCUCGCUGAGAAAGUUCUUAACGUCAACCUCCGCACAGUUGGACCUACCAAAGACCCUGUCUUACUUUCUGAGCUUGAUUGGGAGGCAGAUUCACCUGGGAUGCUGUCGUCGCCAGCGUUGAGUGGUCAACAGCAAUUGCGCGUGCAUCCGGGGACUCCCACGAUGUCACACCCAUCCUAUUCAAUGGCGGACAAACUCGCAGAGGUGCCCGCUGGGCUAUUCUACCCUUUCUAUCAGAAUCCGAUGAGUGCUACCCCCCGUGACGCCGGAGUUACCGGUGGAGACUCCGGUCAGGACCCACAGGGUUAUGGUCACCUGCUGGCGGCCGCAGCGCAGCCAAAUGGGACAUACGGGUGCCAGCCAUCGUCGGAUUCAUACAUGCUUGAAGAGAUUGUACCCACUCAUGGCAAUCAGGUGUGGAUGAAUGUUAGCCAGAGGUCUAUGUCGUUCGCGCAUCAAGCUUAAUCAUCUUAUCCAUGUAUUGUAGUUCGUUCUCUUCCCCGUUUCUCAGCUUUCACGCUGAAGACAGUUCUUAUGAGGCUCUCUUUUUGUAUUCCUUUUUAUGAACCUAAAAUGGUUCUUUGUUUCAAAUUUUACAUUUUGAUUCAGGCCUUUCCUCAAUUUUGUCUUCGUUGUUGUUCUGUCCCUUUCGUCUUAGUCAAGUCCGAAAUCCACGUAUUUUAUCCUCAUGCCUGAACAGUAAUAUGUGAGAGUGUACGAUUAUGCGAUGUAGGAUGAUUGAUUUGAUCAUAUUAAUGGCG